UUUCGUCCGUAGGCGAUCAGCAGGGACAAUAGCCAAUCCAAAAACAAAGCCUCUAUCUUCUCAUACCUCAAAGCACUAAGAAUCUCUCAUGAUAUUAUUCUCUGCCAACCAAAAUAACCAAACCAAUCAAUAAUACAUCAUGAUCAUAAUCGAAGCUCCCAUCGCCGUCAGAUUCCACGCCACCGCCGCCAUUCGCUCCGCCGCCGCACCUUCACCUCAUAAUAACCGUUCAAUGUGGAGCGCCGAUGACGUGAACGGUGUGCGUUAUGCCGCUUCGUGCAGGCUCGCAUGCAGCUGCGGUUUCGACGCGCCUUGGGUAAGAAGUAAAAUAAAUUCAGGCACUCCGUUCACAAGAAGAAACAAACUUGUAAAAAAUAGAAUUAGGGCAUCAUCAGAGCAUCUGGGCUCCGCUCAGGAUCCUCUAAAGAAAAAUGAGAAGCCAUCCUAUCAUCCAUUUGAAGAAGUUGCCGUGUCAACAUCAGAGAAUAGUGAAGAUGCUACACUUACUGCAGCAGAAACAAGUAGAACAAUUAUUGAGGUUAACAGCAAAGCAACUCUGAUGUUCUCAAGUUUGAUUAGUGAUGAGUUUCAUGAAAAUAUUAUUUGGCCAGAUUUGCCUUAUUUGACUGAUGAACAUGGAAAUAUAUACUUUCAAGUGAAGAACGGUGAAGAUAUUUUGCAAUCCCUAACUUCCGAAAAUAAUUUUGUGCAAGUCAUUGUUGGUAUUAACUCCAUGGAAAUGAUCUCCGAGAUGGACUUAUCUGGUCCUUCAGAAAUUGACUUUGGGAUAGAAGAAAUUGAUGAUGAAGAUACCGAGGAUGUAGAUGACAACAAUGAAGAUGAAGACAAAGAUGAAGAUGAGAAUGAAGAUUAUGAUUCAGAAUGGGUGGCUGUGUUUUCAGAUGAUGAUGAGCAAGAAGACGAUGAUGAAACACUUGCAGACUGGGCAAAAUUGGAGACUAUGCGAUCUUCUCAUCCGGUGUACUUUGCCAAAAAGUUAGCUGAGAUUGCUUCAGAUGAUCCUGUUGAUUGGAUGGAGCAGCCUCCAGCUUGUGUGGCUAUCCAAGGGGUUAUAAGACCUGCUUUUGUUGAUGAACAUUCUACAAUACAGAAGCAUCUAUCUGCCAAUCAAUCCAGUGAUACUGACAAAAGUAAAUCUAUAGAAAGUAAAGGGGAAAAUAUUGGUGUGAUUAAUGGUCAUGUGCUUAAUUCAGAAUCUUCUGGAGAUAAUGCGGCCCAGCAGGUUGAAAACAACGGGAAUAGUGUCAUCCCCUUUAGCGAGACUUCAUUUUACAAAUUGGUGAUGAUUAAGAUUCAAGUGUUUUCUGCACAAGGGCAACCUACUGCCAUUGAAUUAGAAGACUACAUGAAUGCCCAACCUGAUGUUAUUGCACACUCUGCUUCCAAAAUCAUAUCUCGUUUGAAAGCUGAUGGAGAAGAGACCUUGGAAGCCCUUAAGUCCCUGUGUUGGAGAUGCAAGGGUAUUCAAGUGGAGGAGGCACAACUUAUCUGUCUAGACUCCCUUGGUUUUGAUCUAAGAGUUUGUUCUGGAACUCAGAUUCAAACACUGAGAUUUACAUUCAAGAACAGGGCCACUUCCGAGUACAGUGCUGAGAGACAACUCAACGAUAUACUAUUUCCAAGAAUUCACCCAAAGCAGCAAAAAAUGAAGCAAACACAUCAAAAUGAAUGCUAAAAUCAUCUGAGUGUCAUCAUACAUGAAUUUUUGUAUUGCUUGUAUGCCUUUGGCCAAUGAUUGUUUAUAAAAGUGAAAGGCAGGGGAAAAGAUCCCAUGCACAUGGCAAUCAGGUUAUGAAGUUGGAAUUGCAUUUAAUCAUUAGUUUAGUUGGAAGUAAUUUUUUCCCCAGUUGCUUCCUUAUUCUUGACUCCUGACUUAUCUAUGCUUUUGUAUUUAUCCUUUUUUCUUGAUUAAUUUAAAACCUGCAAGUACAAGCAACUGGAUGCAUUAGACACGGGGAAUGGAUGAAUAUAAAAGGCCCCAAAUACAGACUUUUAAAAUCCCAUGACUUAAUUGGGUGCUAUGGUCAAUUCAGUGGCACCAUGGAACCCAAAGUUUGCCCAGUUGUCGAACUAAUGUUUCUAGUGUCACUUUACAGCUGGUAAGUUGAAUGCUUAGUUAUGAUGGAAUUGCCUGUAGAAUUAGGAGGAAAAGGAGAUCCUCAUGCUAAGAAUUAGUGUAGCUUAUGGAGUUGAAUAUCUGUGCAUUACUUGAUUUGAAGAGGAAGACUACUUCAACAUCUCCUAUGGUCAAGUUGUUGUCCAAGGCUCAACAAAAAAGCUUCUAAAACUUAACGAUGAUUGAUGUAGGUUAAAUAAAAAAGAUAAAGGUGGCUCAAAGAUGCCAUCAGUUUAUAUCUUGAAGGUAGAUUGAGUGCCAUGUAUAGUGAACAGAUUGUACAAGUUAGUGAUGAUUUCUUGGAUUAGAGUAUGCCAUUAAAGAAUAUGUAGAUGGUUUCAACACUGAUAUUUCAGGUGUCAUUAUUCUAUCGAGGAUGGAUAUUUUCAAGGAGAUAAUAUGUAGAUGGAAUUGGUGCUUUUCUGA